AUGGGUUUGUUUGCCUCUUAUGAUCAGAGUGUAGAGUUCUUCAGGGACAACCUUGGCAUGGGCGAGGUUGCUACAGUAAUAGGGGCCAGCAGUGUUUCUGGAUUCUUUGUUGCUGCUUGCAAUUUACCAUUUGAUUACGUGAAGACCCAGAUUCAGAAAUUGCAACUAGAUGCUGAAGGAAAAUUGUCCUACACUAGUUCUUUCGAUUGUGCCAUGAAGACUUUGAAGGCAGGAAGACCCUUCAAAUUUUACGCUAGAUUCCCAGUAUAUUGUGUUAGGAUUGCCCCUCAUGUUAUGAUGACUUGGAUUUUCCUUAACCAAAUUCAAAAGGUGGAAAAGAAAAUCAGAUUGUGA